AUGACGUACCGCUACCAAUCCCCGAACCACUGUCUUGAGCAAGUGUAUAGCAUCCGAAUCGAGACCCAAGGACCAACCAGGAAUCUGGAACUCGAGCUGAACAAAUGGGUGGACUCGCUCACAGGAGACAUUCGAAAAAUCAUCAUCCGCGGCUCAAACUUAAAUAUCCCUGGUGCUUCCAACCUGCGUCUGGCAUAUCUGGCGACGAGACUCCUCCUCCGGCGCAUCGAGCUAGAUCGCGAGCGGCAAGCACCACACUCAAAUGUAGAGCACAUGGCCAACCGAGUUAUGGAGGCGCGUAGGACUGCGGAGGACAUAGUGAUUCUGGUCCAGGAACUCGGAGAAGCACAGUUGGGCGACUACUGGCUACCUGUCGUCGCAUUCACAUUUUCGGCAACGGUCACGUUUCUGAUUCGGUGUGCACUAGAGACAGAGCAGGUAGCCGGUCUUGCACAGAGUGGUUCUCUGCGAUUGGCUAGUGACCUUUUGGAUUCGUUGCGAUUGCACCGUAAGAACUUUGGGUGGGAUCUGGGUGAUAUUUGCCUCGCGCAACACUCCGAUAUCAUUGACAAGUUGUUGAAAUCAGAGCCACCUGCGGAGAACACAGGAGAGACGAAUGUGGAACUACGUCAGCCUUUCGUGCCGGAAAUGGCUUUUGUUGAUGAUAUGUUUCCGAGUACUUGGGACAUUCUACAAAUUAUGGAGUGA